AUGUUCUUCCGUCGUCGAAAACCGUCGUCUGAACAGCAAGAUUUACAGAAGUACGGUCAACUUACAGUGUUCGACGCUUUUGACAGUCCCGUCCUUGCUCUCACCAAGGAGAAACCUCCAAAGCAAAGCAAAAUUAACAUCGAACAAAGGGGAAAAUCUACCGUCGCUGCCAAUCCGCCCAUCUUCUGGUUUGAGCAUGAAGCGUCCGACUAUAUACAAACGGCCGAGCAGGCCCUUUCGAGUCACCCAAAGAAUGGAUUCAUCAGGACCACUUACAUGCCGGCACUUUAUCCCCAAUGCCCACUAAAUUCUGAAGCCGACGUUGUUAGGGCAACGGCACUAUGGAUCCUUCAUCCCAUCAUUUUGACCCUCCAGGAGAUGUUCGAUGAUGUACGGUGCAGCUCUGAGGAUGGCAGACAGGGUGUCCGAUGUGAUACCCUCAUUUCUAUUGACAAAAAGAGUGUUUUUGUCUUCGAGUACAAGAGCAGAGGAUAUCUAGUAGGCAAGCAGUAUCUUGAUGGCCGUCUAGAUCUACCGAAGGCGCGAGACUCUAGAUCUCUGCUGGACUUCGAGAAAGCCUACAGAGCCAGAGUCGAGUCGGAGAUCCAAGACCUCGAUGUGGAAAGAGGAAAGGCUAAACCCGGAUAUUGGGUACCCUCGCGCCUUGGUCACAAUGCAGCCUGCAUCACCAAGCAGGCACAGGCCUACUCCAAGAGCUACGGGACGCGAUAUGUGGCUUGUUUUGACUGGGACAACCUUUUCCUUUGGAACUUUGCCGGCAACACGUGGGCGGAAGGGAUCAAACCGUUUGGCGACCGCCCGUUCAAACAUGAGACGUGGGCCUGGGGAACUCUCGUUACCGACCGGGCUAGCUUUCGGAAAGUCCUACUCGGCUACAUCCUCCAGGCAUAUGACGACUGCCACAAUCGUGAUAGACAGACCAUGGGACCGAAACCUUGGUCGCAGACGGAGAAGGAAAAAGAACUGGAAGCGGCCGCCGCCGCGAAUGUGGCCGCCAACGCAGCUGCAUACCAGAGGAACAGAUGUGACAUGCCAUCAGCUGUUGGCAGUUCUACACAGCGUGUGCCCUCCAGCUCGGACCGCGACCGCUUGCCUAGGCAUGACAAUCCUCGUGAUCAGCAGCCGCAAACACCACAGCGGCCUCGACCGCCACCGUCGGCUUCAAGCUUGACCCCUUCUCAGUUACGAGGCUCGAGCCGUGAUAGGCCAUCGCGGCCCUCGGACCCGCGGCAACUUUCAAGUGAGAGGGAUGUCUCAGCCCAGCGACUCUCUUCAGAUCACCGUCAAAGUCCAGACCGCCCACGCAUUUCAGACCAGCGGGCUCAAUCAGAUCAGCGACAACCUUCAAACCAGCAGCUUUCUCCAGACCACCGAUACCCUGCAGGCCAGCGGUAUCCUUCGGACCAGAGACUUGCUCCGAACCACGGAUAUUCAGACCAGUCUGUGCGAGCCUCGCCGAGUCUUUUGACAGCGACAGAUCCACGACGCGGCUCAUCACACGAUCGGUUGUCGUCUUCCUCUUCGUCUCACGCGAGACGGGAUAGCUCCCCGCACCAGCCAUCGACAGAUUAUCCCGUGUACGACAGGCCACACAGCCGGUCCCGUCAUUAUGUCGACGAAACUGGGUACGACUACCGCCCACAGCAAGCGACACCGUAUCCGCCGGAUGACUAUGGUGUCCCGAGAUAUACCGAUAUGCCCCCUCCGCCCUCGACCUCGCGUUCCAGACAGGAACCACCGUCGGCUAGUUUACCGCAACCGAAGAGGAGUUUGCAGCAGAGACAGCAUGGGUCCAGCCACCACCGCGCUCCGUCAUCAUCAUCUGGUCAAGGCUCCACCUCAGGCAUAGCGGGCCUGCUUGCAGAAUCAGCAGACGUUGUGAAGGAAUCGCGGCGGGGACCGAUCAACGGCGUGCCACAGGUGCUAGUCAUGCGAGAGGACUCACUGGAGAAGGACUCUGGGCGGACCACCACCAACAAGCGUAACAAGUCUUUGGGUCUUUGGUAG